UGUUCUAACUUGAUAAGAACAAAAAUAAUUAAAUACAUAAAAAAAAUAAAUAAAAAAAAAAACGCAUCCAUGGAAACUUUGCAAUAAUGAAAUGUAUGCGAAAAACAAUUGAAAGUUUUUAAUAAUUUAGUGAAUAAAUAUGAAGAAGCAUUUCCGGCAUUAGGUCCGACUGACUGUCUUUUUUAGCCGAAGGGCAUCAAUCGUGAUAUAGUAUUCAAAGCAGACCGAAAGAAAUGUUUCAACAAAACAAGCCAAAGGAAAUACAACAACAAAGGGUAACAACAACAACAACAACAAUAACAACAUCAGCAAUAAAAUUAAUAUAAAUAACAAAAUAUUUUCUUAUCGCAAUAAGUGUACGAAGCUAUAGCGAAAUGAUACUGUAAUGAUAAACAAACCAACAACAAUACCAUCAGAAACAGUUAUUGAUUAGACGUUAAUACCCUUAGACUAUGCUAUGCUUACAUGCAUUUAAGACAUUGUUGCAAUAAUUGUUUACGCAUGCAUGGCAAUAGAAUAGAACAUAGACGAGUAAGAGCAUUAACUGUUUGUUAACAAUGAAAGCGGAUGUCAUUACAUGCUUACAGUAAUCAACAUUAGAACAGUUAAACUUAAUUUGUUAAGCUUGCGUACGAUAACAUAAAAGACAAGAGAGUCUAGCAAUCAACCGGGGCAACCAAAUCGGGUUAACGGGCUGCAAUUUGCAUUUUGAAUAUUUGUUUUUAUUCGUUGAAAUGUGGCGCGAUAUCUUUUUAUAUUUAUUGUUAAUUGUUUUAUUUUGUUUCAUUUUCUUGGCCCAAUUAAUUGUUAACGUAUACGCAUUUCAACGUCAACCGCCGCUACCCAAGCCUAACAGCGAAAGAAAUGAUAUUAUAUUUGUAUGAAAAGAAACAUGUUUUUCAAAUAUUUUGACAAAACAUAAGUCUGUCUGUCCCUAACUAAUCAAAAAGCGAGAAUUAUCCAAUAAGUGUCUAAGGUAUACUUUCUCUUAUCACUUACAUGAAAAUACGUUAAAUACUCUCUUCUGAGAACAUUAUGUAGUCGGUACUAAAGUAUUUGUCUUAAGAAAAAAAAAAAAAAAAAAAAAAAAAAAAACAAGAAAAGGGAGAUAAACAUAUAUCCCAGUAAUCUAAUGCUGUGGAUAAGAAUAUAACUAAAUUUCAUUUGUUUUUUCAACACAGUAAUCAUUAUAAUAUAAUAUCAUGUAUAGUCGGAAUAAAGUGUAACAAAA